AUGAGUUCACCUAAAAAGGUGUCAAGUAAAAUUGCUCAACUUAUUGGACAAUAUGAACAAUUAGAAGCAAAAAAACAAGAGGAAUUAGAAAGAGAACAAAAAGUAAAGUCACAAACAAGGAACCAUCCAAACCGAGUUGUUGUUAAACAGUCAACGCUAAAAAUUCAAAGAAAGAAAAGCUCUAAGUCUUCUUCAAGUAGUGAGGAAAUAACAACUUCUAAAACACCUCAAAAAACAUUUAAACCAGCAAAACAAAAAGGAAAAAUUGCUAUUCUUACUAAACAAUUAGCUGGUGAACUUGACACUAAACAAUCUAGCUUUGAAAUAGAACAAAAAGAAAUUGAAAAAAAUACUACGUCUAUUGAAGAUGAAUCAACUAAAAGUCUUGAUGAUUCUAAACAAUCACUCCCUGAAGUUAGUAAAGACAAUGUUAGUGAAUCUAGUUCUACUCUUACAAAUGUUGAAAAAAAAUUAUCAACUUCAUUAAGUAAUGAACAAGAUGAAUUACAAAAAUCAAAGUCAUCCUCAUCAACUGAUAACAAAAAAGAUGAAAUUCAUUUUGAGGAAGUUUUACCCAAAAAUGAAGAAAAAGAGAUUUCUAUGGAGGUUGAAUCUUCAAAAACAGAAGAAGAAAAAUCAAAUUUACAAAUCCCUUCAUUAAAUGUAAGUGAAGGUAAAGACAACAAUGAGUUUAUUGAGACUGCUGAAGUCUUAAAAAAGUCUAAUUCUUCAAAUAGCUCUGAUGAAGAAGAUAAAAAAGAUGAAGAAGAUAUAAAAGAUGAAGAAGAUAUAAAAGAUGAAGAGGUAUCUUGUGAAAAACUUGAUACUCAAGAAGAAAAAAAAGAAGAAAUGACUAGAGCUGAAGAGUCUCAAAAUGAAGAAAUAAAGGAUAAAUUACCAAUAACUCCCUCUUCAGAAGUUUCUGAACAACUUGAGCAAAAAUUAAAGGAAAGUAUUAGUCAAGAAGUAGUUACACAAUCUGAAGAAGUUAAAGAGACAUCACCUACAAUAAAAGAGGAUGAUAGCUUGAGUGAUGAAGAAAAAGAGGUUCAUGAGAAAGAAACAGUAUUAUCAAUUAAUGGAGAAGAAGCAUCAAUUCAUUCACAAUCACCAAUUGAUUAUUCAAAUAAUGAAAUUGAUACAAAUAAAAAAGCUGAGAAAGACCUUCAGGAAAAAACCUCUAAACCUCAUUCUGAAGAAGAUCAUAUUAUUAAAGGUAAUGUUUUAAUAAUAAGUGAUGAUGUUAAGCACACUAAUUCAAGCGAGUUUAGUGAAUCUUCUCAUGGCGGAGAUUAUAAAGACGUUAUGGUUUGUGUUGGAGAAAAUAAGAAAACUUCUUCAGUCUCAUCUUUGUCAAAUGACCAAAAGGAAGAACCAAUUACUAACAUUAAUGAAUUAAAUCAAGAAAAUAUAGUAGUUAAUGGUAUGGAGUUUUCUAUUAAAAAUGAGAAUAAAAUUUCAUCAUCGUCAGCUAAAUCCUCUUUAUGUUCAGUUGAAGAAAGAGACAAAGAGGUUUAUGUUAAUAUUGAUGACCAGAAAGGUGCAUCCCCCACAAUUAAAGAAUAUAGCUCUUCUGAUUCUGUGGAUGAAGAAAUGAUAGGAACAGUUGUUGUUGGAGUUGUUAACGAUCUUGUUGAACAAAUUCAAAAUGAACCCAAAGAGGAGGUUAAUCAACCAGUAUUAGAAUCAUCUCCUUCCUUAUCAGAAGAAAAGAAAGAUGAAAAGUCAAUAGUAUCUUCAAAUGGAGAUGAAAAGGAAAUAGAACCACCAAAUUUAGAUGAAAAGACACUUGCUUCGAUUCAAGAUUUAGUAACGAGUAAAAUAGAAGAAUGCCAAAAGAAAAAAGAAACUGAAAAUGCUGCAGAACUAGAUUUAUCAAAUUCUUCAAUACCAGAGAAGGUUACAACUCAGAGUAUCAGUAGUUCUGAUGAGGAAAUGGAAGUUCAAGAUGAACAUGUUAAUGUUAUUGAAAAUGAAGUAAUUGAAACUAUAAAAAGUAAAAUUAAAGAGGAAAAUGAUAAUGAGUUAACAAAUGAAGAACAACAAAAACAAGAAGAAACAAAAAUUAAAUUUGUUAUUAAAGAAGUUACUUCAGAAACUCCUUCAAGUUCUGAAGAUGAGUCUACAGAGGUAACAGAUAAAGAAGUAAUAAGUGUAAGUGAAGAAAAUAAAGAAGAAAAUACCACUGACCAAAUUAUUCUCGAAGAACCAAAACAACAA